GUGUAGUGAAGAUGGCGGCUUCCUUGAGCAACGUGGAUGAGAUUCGUGAUAGAGUGAUUUUGGGUGAAUUUGGGGUAAAAAAUGUUCAUUCUACAGACUUUCCGGGUAAUUACCCUGGUUAUGAUGACAUAUGGAAUCUCAAGAAAUUCAAAAGAAAUUUUAGGGUUGACGUUGUUCAUAUGGAUGAAAAUACUUUGGAGUUUGACAUGGUGGGAAUAGAUGCUUCCAUUGCUAAUGCUUUUCGACGGAUAUUGCUUGCUGAGGUUCCAACUAUGGCAGUUGAAAAGGUUUUCAUUUACAACAAUACAUCUAUCAUUCAAGAUGAAAUUCUAGCACAUAGACUUGGUUUGAUACCCAUCAAAGCUGAUCCUCGUCUUUUUGAGUACAGAAAUAAUGGAGACGAGGAAGGCACAGAAAUUGACACUAUACAGCUUCAGAUGAAGGUCAAAUGCACAAGGAAUCCCAGGGCCUCCAAAGACUCAUCAGAUCCCAAGGAACUGUACCUGAAUCACAUGGUGUAUUCAAGACACAUGACAUGGGUACCCAUCGGCAACCAGGCAGAUGUGUUUGCAGAUGUUAAGAUUGGUCCUGUGCAUGGGGACAUCCUCUUGGCACAGCUCCGGCCUGGGCAAGAGCUUGACAUAGUGAUGCACUGUGUUAAAGGAUUGGGCAAGGAUCAUGCCAAGUUUUCGCCGGUAGCUACUGCUAGUUACAGGCUUCUUCCUGAGAUCACAUUAUUACAGACAGUUGAAGGAGAAACAGCAGAGAGACUGAAACGCUGUUUCUCACCUGGAGUCAUUGAAGUGGAGAACAUUGAUGGAAAACAAGUGGCUAAAGUGGUCAACAGUCGUCUGGACACAUGCAGUCGAGAAGUGCUUAGGCAUGAUGACCUAAAAAGUUUGGUCAAACUAGGACGAGUGCGGGACCACUUCAUAUUCUCAGUGGAGUCUACUGGAAUCCUACCUCCCGAUGUCCUAGUCAGUGAGGCAGUUAAUGUACUCAUAGCCAAGUGCCAGAAAUUCCUCACUGAACUUGACUCGACUGAAAUGGAAUAGAGGAAAGAAAGUGAAAGAUGCAUGCUGUAGUCACCAUUAACAGCACACGAAGGCCUUGAAUUGUGAUGUGUGUUGAUCUAAAGCAGUGCUUGGAUGGGAAUCAUUUUCAUAAUGAUGAAAACUGAGUCAUCCAGGCAGGCCUGACUGCCUGGGAGAUCAAAUACAUUACAGCCACUUACGUUAUGAGAUUAUUAUGCGGAAAGUCUAUUUGCCCAUUUUGCAAGGCUACUUCAGAUAGUGGCUCAUUCAUAUUCCUGUAUAAAGUGAGUGGUUAGUUCAAAAUUGGUGUCACUUGUCCAGUCGUGAACUGAGCUCCUUUUGCCGUGAAAGUUUCAGCACUUUUUAUGUCUGCACUAAGUAUCAUCAGUGGUGUAUUGAAUCUCAACCUUCAGAUUUCUCCUAAACGUGUGUGUGUGUGUGUGUGUGUGUGUGUGUGUGUGUGUGUGUAUAAAAUUAAAAUUGUGAUAGACCAACUGCCUAUGUCUUUACUUUGCUAGUUUGCUGUAAUGCCUCCAAAGGUUUUGUUUGUUGUGUUCAAGUUGUCAUGUUUUAGGAAGCUACCACAAACUUUUCUAUAAAUAAGAUUUAUAUUUCUCCACUGAAAGAAAAAAAUCCAAAGUAGUUUGCUUUUUAGGACUAACUACUCCUAAAUUUCUUUUUAUUUUGGAGCUAGUGUAGCAAAGCAUUAUGACAUUUAUUUUGAUAUGCAAGCUAUUUUUCCAAUCUCUGCACAUGCACACUGGUGUUUCGACUCUGAUGCAAGUUAAUUUGGUCUGUGCUUAUAUCACAAAGGCUGAACUUUAAAGUCCAACAACAAGAGGUUCUCCCUUAGUAUAGCCUCUUGAUUGUUUCCUGCAGAUUUUUUUAUUCAGAAUAAACAUUUUGGCUUCUUAAUCUUAAUUUUCUGGAGUGUGAUUUGUGCUGACAAUGAACAACUUGAGUGUCUUUACACUGAACUGUACCUAGGUUGAUUAGGCUUAAAGGUAUGUGAUAUUAUUUAUUCAUCUUCUCCAUUUAAUUAAUGCUUAAUCAUGUAAUGUAGCAGAUGGGCUAAAUUAUGCAGUGCGAGUGAUUGAGUUUGAGCACUGAACUGAGAAUUUGUCUCCUUCAAGUAACAGUAGUUGGCAUGGUGUUCAGGAACCUUGCAGAGCAACAUGAGUUGUCUUUUUCUGGACCUUUACCCUUUGUGGUUUAGCUCUUUUUUUUUUUUUUUUACACUUAUUUUGUAUUUAUUUGUUUAUUAUUAGUAGUAUUUAUAAGCUAUCAGAUUCUUUUUCUCAAAUACCUUCUGCAUAUUUAUACAUUUUUACAUGACUUUGGUGGUUUGUUUUUGAAGUUUAAUGAAAAUUAUGAGUGCAAAGUUUAGAAAACUUUCAGAAUGGUGUUGAAUAAACCCAAGCAUAAAAACA